AUGAGUCGAGGCAAGUUUGUUCUUCUAUUCGAGAUUUUGUAAAAAAUUUUAUAGUUUCAUUUUUUAUGUUUUUAAAUAUUAUUUUACACAUCUUUUCUCUGAUUUUCAAUGAAUUUUGUGUUUUCAGGAGGAGUUGGAAACGAAAAGUGUGUAUUUUGUGGAUGGAACCGCAGGAACGCGUACCAUUCAGUGAGGUUCUUCUGUAUUCCCAAAGAACCUGGACUAAAACGAGUUCGAUGGCUUCAAGUGUUUGGCGACAGAGAAAUUUCCCCAAAGGAUCGAGUAAGUAUUCAUUUAUAAGUUUGGUCUUUAGAUAACUCUCUGGUUAUAACUGAAUAAAGCACAGCAUAGGAGAACAACGUUAUUAUAAAGAAUUGUAUUUUAGGUAUGCAGUGUUCAUUUUCGUCAAGGUCGACCUUCUUCCGAUCCCAGCCAUGAAGACUUUGUUCCACACUUAUAUCUCAACAAUGAACCUCCAGCAGAAGUUUUGGAUUAUCUCGAGUCGCUGGCCGACACUAACACAAAGUUGGAGAAGAUAGCUACCCUGAAUGUGAACACAAAAUCUCCCUUCCUCAACGUGGAGAACAGCCACAGCAGCAGUGGUUUGAUGAAGCUAGGGCCCCGCACUACGAAGCCGUCAAUCUUGAAGAGAAAGCGCAGGCCAAAAAGCGAAACAUUCGCAGAAGAUGAAGAUGUCGAAGUAAAUGUAACAACGGACGUGAUAACCGAAACAAUAGUUACUGAGGACACACCUGAACAAAGCUUUAACGAUCAACCUCCGACGUUAGACAAUCCUGAGCCUACGCACGAAUCAGAAGCACCAACAGCACCAUCCGUUAGGACACAGCCGACCAUCGAAGCUAGGAAUGGACUGAAGUUUACAGCAAUCCAACAGAACAUCGUGGACACUGUAGGUAUCAAGCCGGGACAGACCGUGAUCAUCAGAAGGAGGGUCAAGAAGCCAAAGCAAUUAUUGAUCGAGCAGAACGCCGAGAAACAAUCAUAA